CAAAAAACAAAGUAAUUAUAUUCUGGAAUUUCCAACCAUUCCAAAAAAUCUGGAAGAAAUGAUUAUUAGUCGAUGUUGGUUAGAACAGCUUCUUAAAUGUUCUUUUGAACGUGCCUGGUUUGAUAAAAUUAUUUUUAAUCCACAAAUGAUUAAUUUAUUAUUUGAUGACAACAACAAAAUUCCAAUUAAAUUCAACAUUCAAAAGUCCUCUCUAUCGGCUAGCAAUAAUUCUUUUGAAAAUUUUUUGGAAUUUUCUUUGAAUUAUUUGACAAUUUCUGACUUUCUUAAUAUCGAUUUUUACGAAGUUAACAAUUUAGAGCAACAUGUAGAUAUUUUUUUCAAUCUUUUAAUAAGCGAAGGCAAUAAAUUGUCUAAAGUUCGUUUAUGCAAUUUUACAUUGACAAGUCUUCAUGAUCUUAUUACAAAAGUAAGCGAUUUAUAA